UAUAUGAAACGGAAAUCGAAAAACUGAAAAUAAAAAUUAGAUUUCACUGAAGUUUGAAGUAUAAGUAUUGUAGUAUGAGUGAGCUUCAAAAUUCCAAAACGAAAAUUCUUAGUGAUAAUUAAAGAGAAAAAAACCAAAGAAAAAUAAAAUUAUGUGAUACGUAAGAAGUAAUAAAAAUCAAUUAUUACAGAACCAUUUUCUUAAGUAGUAUAAAUUUUGUAAUCGAUAGUUAAUUGAAACAUCGUUCUGUUUUGUUUUAACUCUAUUUAGAGCGCGUUGAGAGAAAUUGUGGCCAAAAUUUCGCUAGUGGUUAGUCUUGUAGACUUAUUGGACCUCCAAUAAUGCAUGUUGUAUGUUAUCCGAAUAUAGGACUCUACAUUUACAUCUCUUUGAUUUAGGAGUCUCGAAAGUCCUUCCCGGAAUUAGAUUAAAAUCAACAAAUUUCUAGUUUCCUUAUCUAAUGCUCACUAAUCCCUCAUUAUGUCAUAUGCAUCUUCCUCAUUUAUCUUUAACUCUGCUAAGUUCUAUAGAGAUAUUAUCAAUUUUCCAAACGAAACAAAGAAACCAUGAAAUUCGAUGAUAACUACAAACUUAUUGUUAUAGUCAUCGGCGGCGUUUUAGCUGGAGUUGCUGUCGUUAUGUUUUCCUGUUACAAGAACAAGAGGAAGAACCUUCAGCUACCGGAGCUGACACAGACACCGGAGUGGCAGCGACAAAUUGUUUCUGCUCCUACACUUCAGACAAGAAACAUUGAUGUCGGAAAUGAUCGCUUGUGGGGUAGAAGCGACACCGUUGUGAAUAAAUCUAUUAUUCCACUUAAGCCAAACGCUUUCAACGAUAGCUUGCGAUACCAGAGGCCUAAAAAUUUGGAGAGGCCUCGGGGACAGAGAGAUGAUGGGACUGCGGCUUCUACUUCAGCAUUUGGUGGUGGUUGUGUUGCCAUUAGCGGUGGUGACAACGGUUGUGGUGCUAGUCAUAGUGGUGGUGGUCACAGUGGUGGUGGUGGAUGUGGUGGUGGGGGAGGAGGAGGUGGAUGUGGGGGCUCUUAAAAUUUGAGGUUUUCUUAGUUAUUAGAUAAUGAUUAUUCUUAUCUCUUUUUGGGCAUUAGCUUCUUCGUCAUAUCUUUCAGGGUUACCGUAAUAACGCCAUUGUUCUUUCGAUAUCUAUUACUCAAGAGAUUGUAUUGUAUCCUUUUUCUUUGUAUAUAAGGGUUUAAGCCUGUUUAAUUUGUAUCUAUGUGAUCGAAAAAAGAAUGACUCUUGACUGUUUUUAGGGUUCCAGUGUCAAAUACAUGCCUUAAACCUAAUAUAUAGAGAAGGAAAAGAAAGAGAGAUUAGAGUGUGAUUGUUCAUUGAAAAUCUUUUUGUUUGAACAAUUCCGUAUAAACAUAUUUGAACA